CUUUCUUGUCGGAGAGGGUCUAACAUCACUGUACCACUAGAUAUGAUGAUCUCCAGACUGCCUUGAAAUAAGGUGCCAUCCUGACCUCCAAACUGCUGGCUGCCACAAUGUCCAACAUUAUAGUUGAGCAUCAGUAUUCUCAUAGACUGAAAUUGACUGUGGUGAGAGCUGAAAAUGUAACUAAAGGAGCAUUUGGGGAUUUAUUGGACACCCCGGACCCUUAUGUUGAGCUGUCAGUGCCAACCACACCAGAGUCAAGAAAACGAACCCGCCACAUUAACAAUGACAUUAACCCCAAGUGGAACGAAACCUUUGAGUUCAUAUUGGAUCCCAAUCAAUCCAAUGUUUUAGAGGUGACACUGAUGGAUGCCAAUUAUGUCAUGGAUGAAACUCUUGGCACAGCAAAAUAUUCCCUCUCAAAACUCAAAGUGGCACAAAUGGAGCAUGUGACCCUCUCUAUCGGCAAGACAACCAAAGUGUUCCUCGACUUGCUCUUGGAAGUUUGCGCAUCCACAGACCUGCGCUUCAGCAUGACACUGUGUGAUCAAGAGAAGCUGUUCAUGCAGACACGCAGAGACAGGGUCAUGCUCAGCAUAAAGAAGCUUCUUAAAAUGGAAAACCCUCGUUUCCUUCCAUCCUCACCAAGAGAGGUUCCCACCAUCGCUAUUCUGGGCUCUGGAGGAGGUUUUCGUGCAAUGGUGGGCUUUUCUGGUGUGAUGAAGGCUUUGUAUGAAUCUGGCGUGUUUGACUGUGCAACAUAUGUGGCAGGACUUUCAGGAUCAACAUGGUAUAUGUCUAUGCUGUACUCUCAUCCAGAGUUUCCUGCUAAAGGCCCAGGCGACAUUAAUAAAGAGCUCAUGAACAGAGUCAGUAAUAACCCACUCAAACUGCUCCUGCCCCAAAACAUCAACCGCUACGUCAAAGCACUGUGGAAGAAGAAAUCUGCUGGACAGCCGGUCACCUUCACUGAUAUCUUCGGGAUGUUGAUAGGAGAGACGCUUAUUCCAGGGAGAAUGGACAUUAAGCUGAGUUCAUUGAAAGGGAAAAUUAAUGAAGGUCAGAGCCCUCUUCCUCUCUUCACCUGUCUGCACGUCAAACCUGACGUCUCUGAGCUCAUGUUUGCAGAUUGGGUGGAGUUCAGCCCUUAUGAAAUUGGCAUGGCCAAAUAUGGCACCUUCAUGUCUCCUGGGCUGUUUGGCAGCAAAUUCUUCAUGGGAAGUGUUGUGAAACAAUAUGAGGAAAACCCCUUACAUUUCCUGAUGGGUGUGUGGGGAAGUGCUUUUUCCAUCCUCUUUAACCGGGUUUUGGGUGUGAAGGAGACGACCAGCAGUAGCACUAUGGAGGAGGAGCUGGAGCAAAUUAAACCAGAGCACAUUGUGGGUGACGAUUCUGCUGAUAACGAGGAGGAAACUCAAAGAGGAGGCACAGAGUCUGCAGAUGCAGAGGACGAGCGCCAGCGUCAUGCCCAGGCCAGCUGGGUACAGCGCAUGUUGACCUCCAUCAUGGGCGACACCACUCUGUUCACCACUCGUGAGGGCCGCGCAGGCAAAGUGCACAACUUCAUGCUGGGACUGAACCUGAACUCAACCCUGCCCUUCUCUCCCUUCAGCGGCAUCACACACCAGACCUCGCUGGAGGAGGAAGUGGACGCUGUUACUGAUCCGGAUGAGUUUGAGCGAAUCUAUGAGCCUCUGGAUGUGAAGAGCAAGAAAAUCCAUGUGGUGGACAGUGGCUUGACCUUUAACCUGCCCUACCCUCUCAUUCUGCGGUGUCAGAGAGGAGUCGACCUGAUUAUUUCAUUCGACUUCUCAGCCCGACCCAGUGACUCCAGCCCACCGUUCAAAGAGUUACUGCUGGCUGAAAAAUGGGCCCGUAUGAAUAAGCUGCCCUUCCCGAAGAUUGAUUCGAAAGUAUUCGACAGAGAGGGUCUAAAAGAGUGCUAUGUGUUCAAGCCUGCUAAAGGAGACAAGAACUGCCCCACCAUCAUUCAUUUUGUCUUGGCCAACAUCAACUUCCGGAAUUUUAAAGCCCCUGGAGUUCCUCGAGAUUCAGACAAGGACAUAGAGUUUGGUGACUUUGACAUAUUUGACGAGCCAGCCUCCCCUUACUCCACUUUCAACUUCAAAUACAACAACCAGGCCUUCAAGAGACUUCAUGACCUCAUGGAGUUCAAUACGCUUAACAACAUCGAGGUUAUCAAAGAAGCCAUUAAAGACAGCAUUCUGCUGAGACGAGAGAACCCAGCGCGAUGUUCGGUUUCCCUUUCGCUCAGUGAAAUCGAAAACAAGAAGUUCCUGAAACGAGACAACAGCAUUGCAAAACGACCCACCUAACAGACAGCUAUGCAAAAAGCUACACAAAAGUGUGAGACUGCAUUGGUCCAUUGGUGCGGAUAUUGAAUCAGUGAGCAGAUUCAUCAGACAAGGCUGGAUUGACCUUAUUACAGGAUCAUUGUAUGCUGCAUUCUUGAAUUCUUUCAUCUCCUACUUGAAAAUAACCACAGGAACACUUGAGGUGAGAUGUCGGGUUCACAACCACCAGAGGUCCAUUGUCCAAAAAAGUCAAUUACUAGAAGUUGUUAUUCCAAUACU